AUGAUGAUCGUAGUGACUGGAGUCAUGUCUGUGCCUGAGCUGGGCUCCCCAGCCAGCACUCCUGCUGCAGCCCCCAACUUAUCCUGGAUGUCUGAGGUUGGCACUCCCACUGCUGUGGAGCAACCAAUAUUCCUAAUGACUACAGCUGCCCAGGCCAUCUCAGGUUUCUUCGUGUGGACUGCUUUGCUUAUUACUUGCCAUCAGGUAAGCAAAAUAAAAUACUUAUAGCAUUUUGAAUGGUACUUUGUAAAGGCACCUUUUCUACUGCGGCCUGAGAGAGAGAGCUGUUAAAUUUACUGUGCUGACUACAGUUAAGCUUGCUGUAGCCUUACCUGCUCUACUCUCUGCCAUCAUUAGAUCAUGUAGAGUAGAUGGAGCUUGUUGCCCAAAGUGGUUACUGCUACUUCCCUUUUAAGCUACAGAUCACUUUAUGCAAUAUUAUGGCCUGUAGCAUAUAUGAGCAAUCUCCAACUCCAUUUGCACAAUGUAUACAGGUGCAGCUAUGGAUUAACACCAUUGAACAAGCCCCCAUGUAACUUGAAGGAGAGGAGAGUGCGUCUUUACUUUAGUUGUGAUACAGAUGUUUAUCAGGUAGAAUAUAUGUUUGUCAGGUAUUUGCUGUGGUGUGAUGAGUCUGUUCUCAUAGAGUAGUGAGAGUGGAAAUGAUGUGGCUAAAAACAGCUAGAGUAUGGAGGGUGGGGGGAAUGCAGGACUUUGCUGUCCCAUCCCAUUGUGUGUGAGACAAGCAAAUCUCAGACCUGUUCAGACAGUGCCAGCAUAUACAUAAGGCUGCAGCUGCCAGGAAGCUGUCUACAAAUUAGUCUCUUCAGCUCACAAUUAAGUUCAUGGUGCCCAUGUCUUGCCUAACAAUAAAUCUAGGCAGUAACUUGUAGGAAAAAGCAGGACAAUGUCAAAGCUAUAGAAGAUCAAGCAUCUUUCCUGUCAGACUGCUAAUACUAUGGGGUGGAUUGCUGUGAUAGGCCCUGGGGCCUUUAUUCCAGAAUCCUAAGUAGUAAUUAGUCCGUCAACUUCAGAGGUAUGCAGACAACACACUUCCCUUAUAGGAAUGCAGUUGAUUGGCUUAGGAAUGAUGUACAUUUAAUUAAGUGUGUUUCAUUGGGGUGGGGGCGGGAGAAGGCUAUGUAAUGAUGAUGUGCCAUGAUUCAUGGGGUUUAAUAACCCUUUAGCGUUAUCUUCCAAUUUCAUAGCUCUGCCUGUUCUUAGCACAAGGAAUAAACAGCCAUUUAUCAUUUUAAAUUUCUGCCCAAAAUGUCUGUCAUGAUGAUGAACACGCUGUACAAAUGAUUUCAGCGAACCUGGUUGCACGGUGAGGAGGCGGCGGCAGAGGCAUUUUCCUCUCCUCCUGCCGCCAGCUUUUCUGCUGUAAGACUUGGCUGCUGUAUUUCAUCAGGUUGGUGGGUGAUGGUACAAACCAAAUUUAGCAUCCUCUUUGUAAUGCUGUCUAAUAGUGUCCUUGUAUGAUGAGUAACACAUGCAAACCCUACAAUUUCAUCAACCUGUGUUUAACACCUGUGGGUUAAUGAAUAGAUAAGUGACUAUCCAUUGGAGAGCUACAGAGCAUUAUUGAAACUGGCUGUGUGAGAUUCAAAAGGGGAUUAGCUACUUUAUGAAUCAGAAUAGCAGCUUACCUGACAUUUACUUGGGCAGCAACAAUGAAUCUUGUUAGUUCUUCUUUAGAACAUUAAUUGGUCAUCUGCUGCAUGUCUGUUGGAAUAGCGCCAUCUGAUCUUGGUGUGUAAACAGUUGGCCCCCAGAGUGUACAAAGGGAGAGUUCUAGUCUUACAAUCUGUGUUGUUAUGGAAUUUAUGGACACGGAACGUAGUCAUGAGCACUAGUGUAGAUGGAUUUAAAUGAGAGAAAUCCAUGGAGGAUGACUCUAUCAAAAUGCUGUUAGAAUCGAUAGCUAAGUGAACCCUCGCCAAAUAACAGGCAACAUAUCAGAUGUUAGGGACAAAUAAGAGGGCUGAUGCCUUCAUGUUUUGCUUGUGAGUUUCCCCAGGACAUCUUGCUGACUGGCUUCUUUUGGGAAUUAGAUGAACCUUUGGUCUGAUGUAGCAGGACUCUUUUCUCUUAGUAGUAUAACUGUUUCAUGCAUUACAACUGUAAGGUUGACUCCGUAGAUUGCUUGCAUGCUUAUUUAUGUAUCUGAAGAAUUUUUAUGUCUCUCUUCAACUGAAAAAGGCCUCCAGAAUGGCUUGCAAAGAUCAAUUGAGCUCUGUUACGAAGCUGACUAAAAAUGCUCAAUAUCUUUGCACUGAAUUAUAUAUGAUUGGCUGUGUAAAACUAGAUUAUAAGACAAAGAGCAGCUAGGGUGUUCUUUUGAAGCCAACUAAUCAUAAUCAUACAAAACUUUUCCCUCUGCAAAAGAAAAAAACCCUAGGAAAUGCCUCCUUUUUUGAAGAAUUUCCUGUGUUUGCACUCCUGGUGCUGCUGCUAUCUGGAAACACCCUGUGGGCCAAGAAAAGCACUAUUUCAAAAUUACUGUUCAUAACCAACAUUCUAAUACACUCUCCAUCCAGUCUGUUUCUAGUCAGUAAAGAUUUUAACUUGUAGGAUAGGCAGGCUACCAUAUAAAACAAAACAUUUUAAAGAUGAGAUUUGAUUCAUUUGCAAAACUUAUUGGUGUACUCUUCUGUUAUUAGAAAGCACGAUAGAGUUUGUAUUUGAGAGGCGUCUUACAUGUUUUUGCAGAUUAAAGUUGUGUUUUUGGCUGGUCCUCACUUUGGUUGUCUUAUAUUUAUAGAUCCAAAAACUUUAUUUUUGUGUGGGAUCAUGACAUUACAGAAGGCUCUGCUACUGUAUUGCACUGAAAACAUACGAGCCAUAUAUGUCAUGUGUAUGUGCUUAAAUCCGGUUUCUAAAAGUAAUAUAUUGAAGCUGUGAAAUGUAGACAUCUGGAUAAUGAAUGUGAAAGAUAGCAUAGGAUAGCUUCAGUAUUGUAGCCAUUUCACGGCUUCAGCACAUUACAUUUAGAAACCAAAUCAGUUUGUGAUUAAAAUAAGUAAAUCUCAAGUGUAAAGUAUAUCAUUCAGAUGCCUAGUACUUUUUUAAAAAACUAAAAUUAUUAUUAUCACUUGGAUGGAAAAAAUACUGUGGGACAGUUGCUUUUUAUCUUACAGUAAAUAUAGUACAGAAUGUUCAUUUCAUUACAUUUUAUAGCAAUUUAUAUAUUCAUAAGCUACCUUACUUUAUAAAUGAAUUUUAUCCCUUGUUCUUGCAGAUGUAGGGUAAACAUAGACCUUACAGUGCAAAAACCAAGUCAAUAUAUCCUACUAAGCUAUAAACUCAGUAAGAAAGCCUUAUGAGAGCAAAAAAGUGUUUAUAUGUUGUGUAUGGCAUUGCAUUCUUAAAUUCCCAUUAUUACUCCUCUUCCUCCUUAGCUUACUUUUGUUCUAAUUUGACAUUAUCCUGUUCACCAUCUUUUCCCCCCAGAUCUAUAUGCACCUUCGUUGCUACAGUUGCCCCAAUGAGCAACGCUAUAUUGUCCGGAUCCUCUUCAUUGUGCCAAUUUAUGCUGUCGACUCAUGGCUCAGCCUUCUUUUCUUCACCAAUGACCAGUACUAUGUUUACUUUGGCACAGUGCGGGAUUGCUAUGAAGGUAAGGUGCUGGAAGGCAUGGAAACAGGCUAGAGAGAAGGUGGUGCUUUGUAUGUGAGCCUGAAGGAAGUACCCGUACACAAGGGUCUUAGUUAAAUAUGGGGUUGUGUUCUAAAUAUGGAGAAGUGGCAGGAAGUCUAUGGCAAUGAUGGAAUGAUAGGCCAAGCUGCUGGCUAUAGAUAUUGCUCACUACAGCAGAAAAGGGAUCUGUAUAUGAACUAAUACAUAGGGAUGGAAUAAAUGCAAUAUGUUAUUAGAAUCUGUGGACAUUCUCCCCAUCAUGUAAGAAGGUCCAGAUGAUGAAAAAUAAUAUUGGCACAGAAUUCAGAAGCCCAGAUACAAGAACUCAAGAAACCAUGCAAAUAGGUACGACUCCUUUGGUUCUGAUGAUUCACUCAAUAGAUUAUGCCAGUAGUUUUCCAUCAAAGAAGAAAAGAGAAUGUAUGAGUGAGUUCUCUCAGCAGAUUACUACUAAAUCAACCUGAGCAGUUGCUCUAGGAUAGCCUUCACCAACUUGGGACCACCAAAAGUUUUGGACUACUGGCAGAAUUCUGCAGCUGUCCAGCUACUGAUCCCAGAUACCUGAAAGAUGCUUUCUAGGAAGCAUGUGAAAAAAGACUUUUACAUUCCUCUGGUUUUCAUAAAAACAUGUAAAUACAGUUUUGUUUUGUUUUUAAAUUAGGGCAGUUAUGGCUUAUUUAAUACAAUCUCCUGAAAUUGUUCAGAAGGACAAAUAUGUAAAUGAUCUCAUGACUAGAUUUCCUGCUCCAAUGCUAGAGAGCAUGUGACAAAUUUAAACUGACCAUGGUGCAUUCAUUGCAGAGUUUCUUUAUCUUUAACUGAAAAACAACCUUCAACAAAAUUCUUGUUUAAAUAAGUUGAAAAUAUUCUUUUUCUGGUUAUUUAUGCCGAUGACACCCAACUCUAUCUGUUGAUGGAUGGCCAUCCUGACUCGGCCCCAGACACACUGACCAGAUGUUUAGGCUGGCUGGAUGGUUGCGUGGGAGCCGGUUGAAGCUAAAUCCUUGAGACAGAGGUCCUGUGGCUGGGACGGUGAUAUAGGUUGGGGGGCAACUCCCAUCUCUUGCGAAGCAAUUAGUGCCAGCACCAUCCGUUAAGGUUUCGGUGUAAUCUUGGAAACCCUCCCUUUCCAUGGGAGGCUGUGGUGCAGCGGCCUGCUUGGGCGGCAUUCCAUCUCCGCCAAGCUAAGCAGUUGGCUCCCUUACCUCCUCUCGCCCGACCCUAGCCACUGUGAUCCACGCGGCAGUCACCUCAGACUGGAUUGUGCCUUAACUCGCUCACGACAGGGCUGCCCUUGAACUGACCCAGAAACUCCAGCGGGCCCAGAAUGCUGCACGAGACUCCUUACGGGGUCUUCGCUGCGGAUCUGAUCACCCGUGCUGCAUGGCUGCACUGGCUCCCAGUGGGUGGGGAUCUCAGGUUUAAGGUGCUGGUUUUAACCUUCCCAAAGCCCCUCUGGCCUAGGACCCUCGUACCUACGGGCCCCGCCUCCUGGUAUGACCCACGAAACUUGGUCUUUAAGGCCAAAAACAUCUUGAGGUCCCAGGCCACAGAGGAAGUUAGGCUGGCCUCCAGCUCGAGCCAGGGCACCGGCUGUGGCUCGAUCUGAGUAGGCAUCUGUCACAGAGACCAGGGCCCUCUGGGACCGGCAUCUUUCCGCAGGGCCCUGCAGGAACCAGAGCUCUUCCACAGGCCUAGCCGGGCACAGCCUGACUCCUCCUCGGCAGUCUUCGGAGCUCACGGCUAUGGUUGCCAGUAGCCUAGAUGGUGGGCACUGCUAGAGUGGUACAGAGUGUUGUUGUGUACCUUUAUACUGUUUGUGUUAGCCGCCCUAGGCCGGCUUUGACGUGGAGGCGAGAAUACAAUAAUUUGUGUGUGUGUGUGUGGUAGAACCACUGCCCGGAUGAAACAAAAAAAUUACCCUGCAGCACUUGCUGUACUUUAAAAUGUUUUAGUCUGUGGAUCUUGUGAGAUUUUUUUUUUUGAGCAAGCCAUACUAAGAGAGUCUCCUGCUGAGUUUCAUAGCCAUAUGAAAAUAUGAUACUAGUGCAAUAUUUGCUCAUGAACAACUGUGGUUAGGGGAUCACUGGGCUUUUCACACCUAUGACAAUACAUUGGGAUGUGUUAACAGAUGGCAGAUGCACACACACACAAUCCAGAGGCCAUCUUUGUUUGGCCUGGCUUUCCCUUUCCUCUGCCUUUGCUGAGUGUGUAUAUAAAGGCGUAGCUGCGUAGCAGGAAGCCUGCUGCUCUGUGAAAUUCAUCUCCUAGCAACAGCUAUUAUCCCCUUUGCCUCGCCUAGGGAGUUUGCAAACAUGACAACAUCUGCUCAGAGGGUCAGCCCACAUUCUAAAGUUUGCCAGCUUGAUGGCCUGUAUGGAAAUGGGUUUGGGUCCCCCUCCCUGCUUUCGUACUUUCUGUAGUUAAAACUAUGUCUAGGAAAAUCAGAAAACAGGAGGGGGUGGGAAUCUCCUUUCAUUUCAAAAGAGAUUUUUCCCUUGGGAAAGUCUGCCCUUGGAAAACGUUAAAGAAAAUACACAGCUGGAAUCUGUGGCAUUUAGUGUUUGAUUUUUUUUUUUUAGUUGGUAGUCUUAUUUGAGAAUUUAAAUAACAUCUUCAACUGGAAAUGUUGGCAGUAGAGCACUAGCCAGAGACUUCAGCACAAUCUUAUGCAUGUCUCCUUUGAAGAAAGUGCUAUUGCAUGUUAAAUGGGAUUUAUUCCAAGAUAAAUUUGCAUAGGUGUGCGUGUGCAACCUAAAUUUACUUCCAUGAGGAGCUUGAGGAAUGUUGGAAACACUUUUGUUCUCUUCCACCUAAUUUCAUCUUCUCCUAAACAAGGUCCCAGAAUAGGCAGCUCCUACUAUAAUGAGCCUUUCCUGUAUCAGAGGGCAGGGCGGAAACCUCUUGAACAGCAGUGUGUUUUGGUUAUUCCUCCCACAAAAGCACUGAACUUGUUUUGUAGACAUCUGGAGAUGCAGGAAGAUUGUUGACUGGAGCAAGACUUCACUCUGUGUAAUAAGACAUGCAUUAUAUAAGUGAUUGGUUCCUAUAGAAUUCUGUGAACGGAAUUGGGUACAAGAAGCUGUCUGGUAGUUUUUACUGAAUUAAUAUUUUCUGGAACCUUUUAUCCAAAUAAACCCUUAUGACUGUGGCACUGAGUUUGGGUUGAGGAUAGGCUGAGAGAAUAGUGACUGGCUGGAGAUCACCCAGUGAGCUUAGUUAGUGCUUCUUCUUUAACCAUUCUGCCAUACCAAGUUUCAUUUUGGUGACCUGGAGUGGAAUGGUAUGCCAGUAACCAUUUUUUGGGACAUGAUAUACCCUGUUUAGAUUUUAUUAACUCUUGUGUUCAACAACAUGAGAGCAAGAAGCAGGCCACACUCUUCCCUGGAGUCCACAUACACUACAUAGACAUCUGUAAGGACCACCUCCUUACAGAUGUAAUUGUAUGCAUGAAGCCAUCCUUGGGAUCUGGAACAAUUUGGAUUCCAGAUUCUAGUGAAGCCUUUGUAUGUACAACUGUAUGUGUGAAAGUGUUUUCCCUGCAUAUGUGGAUGUCAAAAGAAGAGCGUGGGAUGUUGGGGGUGGGAGUACUCUGUAUGGCCUUGCUGCAUGCUUCUGUGUCGUUGAACAGAAUGGAACUCUAGACAAAAAGUUAGGUUAGAAUUAUGAUCUUUGACUUUUAUCAAAGUCAAAAAGCAGUGCAGAAGGGGAAAAAAGGAAUACACUUGACUUGGAUCUUGAAUACCACCACAGGACAACAGAAGAGCAGUUCACAAAAGGCAAGACUCUUACUCUCACCAAAGCAGAACCUUUGUAACUCGUAGUAACAAAGUAGAUGUGGCACUAAAUGUUUAUUUAGUAACCACGCUGGGUUUUUAAAAAACCAAAAUUAAUAGCACAGGCUUUAAUUUUCGUCUGGACUAGGUAAUCUUAAUGCCUCAGCGGUAUUUGAAUUGGAGACCUUCAACGUAAAAAGGAUUCCUGUUGUAGUCCUAAUGAAGUCAUCUCAUUUCCACAAGUGCUGUUAAAAUUCACAGCUGCAUUGAGAUUUUGAACCAGGAAGAACUCUGCUCACAGCUGUCCUAGUGUAUUCUCAUGGGUGAGGUUCAGCCACAGUUCGUGAUAUUGUAGGCAAGAAGAAUCUGGUAAUGAUCCUCACAUGAACAGAGCUUUUGAGUACCAAGCUUAUCAUUCAGUUUUUAAAAAUGUGAUUACAGAGCUGGAAACCCAUUGGUUCAUACUAGGGAGUGUGUGUUUGUCAUCGCCUUGGUCAAGCUUAGCAGUUUGGCACCUGGUCAGUAUUUGCAUGUGAGACCUUCAAAGUAAACAGAAAUAGCACAAGCAAGUUGCAUGACUGAAUUGUCAUGGGAACUUCCCCAUCUAGUACACCAUCAACGUCCCAGAAUGACACUAGGGAGCACUGUGAGUCUAGAAAUGACAUAUAAAAUGCUCUGAACAACUUCCAUAGAUAAGCAUGGCGGAAUGGCUUGCAGGUGGAAUGGUAAAAAGAAUAUUUGUGGUCUGGAGUGGAAGCAUUGCAAGUGGAUUGCACUAUAAGUAAUUUAUUGCAUAAUAUUCCUGUUAUGUAUAUGAAGCAAAUUAUCUUGCCUGCAUCCUGGCACAGCCCAUCAUUCCUCUCUCAACUGAGAACCUUUUGAUAAAUAAAAAAUUAUCCCCAGUGAAUUGGAGCAGAUUUUUUUAAAUAAAAUAAAUAAGAUAAAGUACUUAAAAAAAUAAGUACUUCAAGAUAAGAUAAGAUACUUACAAAAAUCGUGGAUAGCAGAGAAUAUCUUAGAAGCAGCAUUCUUCCUCUCGUAUAGGACAAAAGACCUCUUCUGAGGUGGUUUUGACUGUGACAUAUUUGUGUACAUUCUAAAAACAGUGGGGUCCCCCCUUUUUUGCUGUUGUAUUCAUAUGCAGAUUUUAAUUGAUUCAAAUAAACUCAAAUAGUCGAUCAAUAAAAAUGUCUUUAAUCAAAUGACAGAUCUGGUAGUACAUUGUGGGAUUCUUUUUGAAUUGCUGAGCUAGAACCACACCCCCCCCCGUGGUUCCUUUUAAACAACAUCCUUUGAAACCCUUGGAGUAUAUUUAGUGAUUUUUGCUGGUUUCAUCUCUUUUUGCAGCUUUUGUAAUCUAUAACUUCCUUAGCCUCUGCUAUGAGUACCUUGGCGGAGAGAGCUCCAUCAUGUCUGAGAUUAGAGGGAAGUCCAUUGAGUGAGUAUGCUGUGUGUCCUAUCUGUCUGUCUAUCUAUCUAUCUAUCUAUCUAUCUAUCUAUCUAUUUAUCAUCUAUCUAUCUAUCUAUCUAUCUUCUUUAUCUCUUUGGUGGGAAAGACUUGAGUGGAGGCUGGCAUCUAUCAUAAAACCUGAUCUAUCAAAAACCUGAUCUCGUUUUUUGACAGAAUUACAAGCCUGGUAGAUGAAGGGAACGCAGUGGAUGUAGCCUACCUUGAUUUCAGCAAGGCAUUUGACAAGGUGCCCCAUGAUAUUCUUGUAAAGAAGCUGGUAAAAUGCGGUCUUGACUAUGCUACCACUCAGUGGAUUUGUAACUGGCUGACUGACCGAACCCAAAGGGUGCUCAUCAAUGGUUCCUCUUCAUCCUGGAGAAGAGUGACUAGUGGGGUGCCACAGGGUUCUGUCUUGGGCCCGGUCUUAUUCAACAUCUUUAUCAACGACUUGGAUGAUGGACUCAAGGGCAUCCUGAUCAAAUUUGCAGAUGACACCAAACUGGGAGGGAUGGCUAACACCCCAGAGGACAGGAUCACACUUCAAAACGACCUUGACAGAUUAGAGAACUGGGCCAAAACAAACAAGAUGAAUUUUAACAGGGAGAAAUGUAAAGUAUUGCACUUGGGCAAAAAAAUGAGAGGCACAAAUACAAGAUGGGUGACACCUGGCUUGAGAGCAGUACAUGUGAACAGGAUCUAGGAGUCUUGGUUGACCACAAACUUGACAUGAGCCAACAGUGUGACGCGGCAGCUAAAAAGCCAAUGCAAUUCUGGGCUGCAUCAAUAGGAGUAUAGCAUCUAGAUCAAGGGAAGUAAUAGUGCCACUGUAGUCUGCUCUGGUCAGACCUCACCUGGAGUACUGUGUCCAGUUCUGGGCACCACAGUUCAAGAAGGACACUGACAAACUGGAACGUGUCCAGAGGAGGGCAACCAAAAUGGUCAAAGGCCUGGAAACGAUGCCUUAUGAGGAACGGCUAAGGGAGCUGGGCAUGUUUAGCCUGGAGAAGAGGAGGUUAAGGGGUGAUAUGAUAGCCAUGUUCAAAUAUAUAAAAGGAUGUCACAUAGAGGAGGGAGAAAGGUUGUUUUCUGCUGCUCCAGAGAAGCGGACACGGAGCAAUGGAUCCAAACUACAAGAAAGAAGAUUCCACCUAAACAUUAGGAAGAACUUCCUGACAGUAAGAGCUGUUCGACAGUGGAAUUUGCUGCCAAGGAGUGUGGUGGAGUCUCCUUCUUUGGAGGUCUUUAAGCAGAGGCUUGACAACCAUAUGUCAGGAGUGCUCUGAUGGUGUUUCCUGCUUGGCAGGGGGUUGGACUCGAUGGCCCUUGUGGUCUCUUCCAACUCUAUGAUUCUAUGAUUCUAUGAUCAUAGCACUUGUUCUGCCUCUGCCACUGGAAACUCUUCAGUGAGAUGAGUAUGCCUUAACAUUGAAUAAGGCCCCUUCAUCUAGUUUACCAAUUUCCACACCAGUCUGAUUGAGACCAUUUGGUCACACGUGAAUUGCACUUCCAGCCUUAUUUUCCUUGUUCUCCUCCAAGCUCCUUUUAGUCAUACUGGCAAUAGUUUUGUUGUUGCCCUAAGGCAUUUCUGUCCUAAUUUCAAAUUAACCACAAUUGUUCUUCACACAACAAGACAUUGUGAAAUCUGCAGUACUUGGGAAGCAACAGCACCUAUUAACAUCAGUGGGAGGUGGGUUGAAUCUUGCAGCUGUAAUUUCACAUAAAUGCGUGGAGAAAGCAAUUUGGGAAGAAAAUGUGGGGAACAAAUUGUGUGCCUGCUUGUUUGUUUGUUUGUUUGUUUGUUUGCUUCCUUGCUUGUUUGUCAGUGGGUUGUUUAACUCCACUUUCUCUGAAGACUAAAAGAGAUAUUGUCAUACCCUGAGGUGCUCUGUCUGAUCCUUUUCUUUUAAAAAGUGUUUAAUAUUAUAUAUCCAUUCUAGACAUUAGCAUGAGAAAACAGUUAAACUGCUGUCAAACAUCAUAAAUACUUAUACACCUUGAUAAAAUAAUCUUAAAUGAAAUCUAUUUAUACAUUGACCACUAAUAAUGAAGCAUAUGUUGUAAAUAUUUUUCCACAUUUAUUAUGCUAUUUUUGUGAUAUACAAAUGACAUGAGAAAACUUGGUAUACUUAUUUGUAUAACAUUAUUCUUGUUUAUAAAGCCCAAUAAUAAUAAUAAAGUUAAAGAUGAAGUCUAAUUAUUUUCUGAUCAGCUGUCUUGCUAUCUUGCUUUUAGGUCCAGCUGUAUGUAUGGAACCUGUUGCUUAUGGGGAAAGACGUAUUCCAUUGGAUUUCUGAGAUUUUGUAAGCAGGUAUGGAAGGACAGAACUUGAUUGGAGAGUUAGAUGCUGCCACAUGAUGCUUCUCUCCAUAGGAUUAUUCGGAAGUAGAAUCUGCAGGGACUCCCUUAAACUAGUUUUAGGACACUGCUGAAAGUGUGAGUGAGGAUGUCAGUUAAGAUGAGUAUGUGCCCCCUGCCACCCUCCACCCUUUGCUUGUUCUCUUUAAUUUAUCUAUACAGAACACACAAAUCACUUCUAGGUCUGUCAGUUCUGCCAACCUUUUGAAAAUUGGAGACAGAAGUAAAGAAGAAUUUAGUUCCACUUAGCCUUGUAGCCUUGGGGAAGUUUUGUGUGAGCUAUGGAACAGGAAACAUUGAACUGAAAUCUCACUUGCCCUUCUUACGUAACUUGCCACUUCACUUUUCAGCCAAGGCCCAGCUCUGCAGUAAAAGAACCUGUAUGAGUUUAAAAAUAUUUAGAGAGAAUUGUUUCAGUAACAACAAGAAUGCUAGCAUCAAAUAAAGUAUCAGUAGCUAGCUGCAUUAUUGACUCUGCUGCAAUGUCAAUUUAACUGGGAGUGUAGAAAGUAUGCAUGGUUUGUUCACAUUUCGUAACUUUUACUACAUUAUUAAUUUUGGCUAUUUCAACCACGUUGCAUUGCUCUGUCAUGGAUAUACCUGUUUAUCUGACCUUGUGAUCUGUAGUGUCUUGUUCUUUAUAUGGUUUUAUAUACCUCAGGUAUGUACCCAUCACUUGUAGUGUAACUGAAGCCCUUUCUGCCUCACGUCCCUGUAAAUCGGCACCAGCACAUUGUGAGCUAUGCGCUGAUUGUCUUCUCCCACUACUUCCCCCCUGGCAGAUUUAUCCCAUUUUUAUAAAACUUCAUUUGAGAGCAAAGGCAGCGUUAACACCUAAAGCACAUUGUCACCCAGAUGCAAUAGAAAAAACUCAUCUGUACAAAUAUUGAUAACCUCUUUUUAAAAAAAUGGUAAGGGAGAUUGUGAGUGAAGACUGGUGUACAAUUGUGUUAUUGUGACACAAAUGGCAAGCUAUAGAAGGAAAGUCAGUAAAAGGCAUAGGGAGAAUAUAACCUUAGGGUCAGAUUAGAAAAAGCUGGUGAAUGUUCCUUCAGUUCAUGCUGAGUCUAGAAAUAGUUGAGUGUAGAAAAAGAGGUGAUGUGGCCAAGGGUUCAAAUUUGGCUCGUGUGAGGGAACAUUGUGUGAUCUAAUGCUUUUGGAAGUGGGGGUGUGACUCUGCUACUACUUGGGUUAUUUUUAGUCUGUGUAUGGUGUUAGGCAACGAGCAACUUUUUUUUUGUUUGCAUCAAGACGUGUAAAUAUCUGACUCAGUUGUCCUGAUAAUUUGUUUGUACCUCAUGAUGAUCAUUAGUUGCAACAGGUUCUUGUAUGUGAUUAAAUGUCACAUGCUCCUCAUAUGAGUCCUCCUACUUGGGUCUUGCAGAGGAAGCAGUCAAGGAUGAGCCACAACUCUUCACCAAGGGAACCUCUCCCAGUUUAAUUGUAGAGAAUAAAUUACCUGAUAUGCUCUGUGUAAACUGUCGGGAGGAAGUGAAAAUGGUUCUUGAUACAUUUUUACUACACAAUCCUAUUGAUAAAGUUUCUCUUUCCCCUCCCCUUCCCUUAAUAGUAGUGGUGCAGUAGGACUCACAGAAGACAGAUCUUCUCUCAAGACACUACUGUUUCUCGGGUCCAUCUUUUCCGCAUGGAAAUUUGGCAUCAGAAUGAAUGUCCAUUACCAAAGAAUAGUUCAUUCCCACAAGGAUAGUCCAGGGCCUCUUCCUUGAAUUUUUAGCUAGCUAAAUACAUACAUACAUACAUACAUACAUACAGGUAAAGGUACCCCUUCCCACAUACAUACAUACAUACAUACAUACACAAUCUAGUCUUGUUUACCCAUGGAGAUGCAAGGGGGAAAUGUGCAGGCAGUGUAUUCUCUCUUGCUUAGUAAGAAGUAAAGCUUCUCCUCCCUUCCAGAAGCCUGGCCAGUGAAUGCUACCUUUGUGCUACCUGACAACCUCUUGGAUAUUUGCUAUUUUCAAUUUCAUUUUAUUUUUAGUGUGAAUUCCUAUUUUUAUUAAAAUUAUAUUAUAGAUCAAAUAAUGUUUUAAAUGGAAGCAGUACAAAAUAUAUUAAACAGAGCACGGUCUAGAUACAUGGUUGUUGACUGCCUGCAUUUUAGAUUUUGAAGGAUUUGUAAAUGGUGUCUCUGCCACCGCCAUCAUAUUUCUGGCUACAGGCCUGGGAUUGGGAGUGUAUGGUGAAAAUAUGUUAACUUUGGAACUUCAUUUAGCAUGAGCAAUUUCAUUGUCGCUGUGUAUGUACAGCAGUAUGUACUGCAGUAUGUACAGCAGUAUGUCCUUGAGAGAUCCAAGAGCAAGUGUUUUGGAAUUUUUUUGUCCAUAUUUACAACCCAGGAGGCUCUGUCUUCUGAAUGCUGUGGAGGUAAUAAUAAAGAAGUGUAUUGGGCUUGCUAAUAUUUUCUGUGAGCUGCCCUGAGACUUCGGGGUAUAGGGCAGUAUAUAAAUUCAAUCAUCAUCAUCUGCACAACAUAAUGUUUCUCUGAAAAUUGCAGUUGAAACAACAGGGUUGACUGGAUCAGAGAACACUUUCUCCCCUUCUCCCCAAUGUUCCACCCCAGUGAAGAAGGAGCUACAUUUCCUACUCCUAGCAUUCUGUUUGCCUGGGGCAAAUGUGACAUUCUCAGGCCACUGGACAGGAGCUUAAAUGUGUCUGAGAUAUGAUUCAGAAGAGGUCUAGCGCCAUACCACAUUUUGAUGAUUUGUUUGUCCUCCCCUAGACUUCUGCCCAGUGACAGAGUAACUGUCUGGGUCACAUCACCCACAUGCUGUCCCUGUAAUGUCUUAACACUUUCUUCACCAGGAAGUGUCUAAAAAUAAAAGUUUGUGGGAUUGGGCUGCAGGAAAAUGAUUAAACAACCCCCAGAAUGGAGAAGAGGAAGCUUAGAAGCAAGUUUAACGAUUAGCUUGACCUUUUCCAGUUCACAUCAUGGCAGUGACUCAUCAACUGGAUUGUGCUGGGAUUUUUUAAUCUCAUUGAAGUUUUAUGGUCACCACCCAAGAGCAUCUUAUCACAAGCAAUCUUUCCCCCUCUUUCGGCUUUCUCUUUCAUAUGACUGCAAGGCUGGUUCUUCCUGCUUGAGUGCUUUCUACAAAGCAGGAGAUUCCUGCUGAAAUCCCAGAAUCUUCCACUAGCUUUUCCUCCUCUGAACAUGAUGCCUAGCUCACAAUCUGUCUAUGAAAGCAAAUGUGCCAUUUCCUUUGCCAAAGAGGGAGCUUCAAUUAUACAUUUAUUUAUUUAGAGAUUUCUAUUCCAUAUUUUUAGUGCCUAUAUACUGUUCAGGGUGGCUUACAAAAGUAUAAAAUCACAAUCAUGCAAAACAAUGAAUAUAUGCUUAAAAUACAGUAGGUUGUAUCUAACAUACUCAGAGUAGACCCAUUGAAAUCAGUGGACUUUACUAACUUAAGUACACUGAUUUCAAUGGAUCUACUCUGAGUAGGACUUAAUUGGGCACAGCCCAGUAAAAAUACAUUAAAAUGCUACAAUAAAAAUGUAACAAAGGCACAGACUGCAAAACACACACACACACACACACACACACACACACACACACCAGCGGAUACUUAGGGGAAAGUCUCUUGGAAUUAAAAAAUGCCUUUACUGACCCACCAGAGAUAGGGUCACCACAUUUCUUGGGCUGUGUGCCACAAUAUUGCUGCAGCCACUGAGGUGACCCCCGCUCUUGUUACCAUUAUCCAUGGCUUCACCCUGAGUCCCUCUCACUCCCAACCAGGAGCAUGUAUGUCUUGUCUGGAUUGUGCUUUGAUAUGCUUAGGUGUCCUACAGUUUAUUACCACUUUCAGGCCUCAGUUCAGAACACCAACAGCUUCCUUAGUAUUAUACAAAAAGGAGAAAUAAGAGUUGUGUCCAGUCUGCAUACAGAUGUCCAUUCACCCAGCCUUUGGUUGGGUGGCCUCUUGGACAGCUUUUAGACACAGAAGAAACCAUGUGUAAACAUAUUUUUACUCUGAACAUGGCUAAUCAAUGAACAGAUUAUCAUCUCUGUUCAAGAAGCAGAAUGACAGUCAUAAUUCCAAGUUGAAAGUGCUGCUUUUUUUGGUCAGUUAGAUGAAUGGGACUGACUGGUUAGAGAUCAAAGCCUGAAGGUUGUGGUCAUUUGUUCUUCUCAAUACCCAUCUUGCCUUCCUUCUCCUUUUACUCUCUUCCAGGCCACUUUGCAGUUCUGUGUGGUAAAACCCCUCAUGGCAAUUAUUACAGUCAUCCUCCAGGCAUUUGGCAAGUACCAGGAUGGGGACUUCGAGUAAGUAAAUAGUUUAUUUCUAAAUUAUAGAGUUUUCUUUGUCACGAAACACUUAUCUGACAGUCCUAUGAGGGACUAGGAGUCUAACUGAAAAGGAAGGGCUUACCUAUCAUAAGAACUGGGAGAAUGCAGUAAUGUCAUGGCUGCAAAAAGGUGGGUUGAUUUGGCUUCAGAACCUCGAAAUCAGAGUCUAUAAAGUUCCCAGGGUAAACCUUGAGCUAGUUGCUUUGGGCCACCUUCACAGAAUUGCUGUGAGUAUAAAUUCAAAAUAUAUGGUAUGCUGCCACAAAACACUGGAGGGGGAAGUUGGAAACAAAAUACAAAUAAGGGCCUAUUAACAUGGCCCCCUGACUUCUGCAGUCACAGGAAAAGCUUUGGUAAAGCAUGUGCAUGUUGAUUCCCACAAAUGUGCCGGCUUGCAUACAUUUUCCCUGUAACUACCAUGUUUUCUCAAUGUAGAAAAGCUCUGUAUGUUGUAUGAAAUGGAGGUUGCUGUAAUUGGUUGUAAUGGUAGUAUAAUCUCCCUGUUGGCAUUGGGUCAUUGUUUAGUGAUGGAGCUGGGAGCAGGGAGAAGUCUUUAUAGCACUGCAUGAGCUAAGAAACACUGUAUGUGAGAAACUGAGCAUUCAUAUUUUCUUCCCUUACAGUGUCACCAAUGGAUAUCUUUAUGUGACGAUAAUUUACAAUAUUUCUGUCAGCCUGGCCCUCUAUGCCCUCUUCCUCUUUUACUUUGCCACACGUGAACUACUCAGUCCCUACAGCCCUGUCCUGAAAUUCUUCAUGGUCAAGUCUGUCAUUUUCCUGUCAUUCUGGCAAGGUGAGACAAGCACACAUGCCUUUAAUCCACAAGUAGAUUUAACUGGGAAUGCCUGAGAGACAAUUAAAACCUAGUCACACGUGACACAUUUUUCUUCUAUUUGGUUUAGGAUUCUUUUCAUCAGUGUUGCCUUAUCGCUGUAGGUGAAAUGCAGAUUCUUCCUUGUACGAGAAAUGUAAAUUAUUUAUAUUGUGUAUUCUGAAAUACCCAUAUUUAGCCAUUCUCCUUUUGUCUUAAACUAUUACACUGUUAGUUAGGCAAGUGUCCUCUGUGUAGACUUAUUAUUGUAAUUUGGAUGGGCAAUUUGUAACCUGUUUUUCAACAAAUAUUCUCCAAACAGAUUACCGUAAGAAAGAAAAAUACAAAAAAAUCUGAGUAAAAUAAUAAAAUGUUGCAGCGAAGAAAGAUUAAAACAAGGAGGUGGCAACAGAGGGCUUCUUAUCUACACUGAUCUCUGGGCCUUUUUGCAGUACAUUGUUCUGUAGAGUGUUCUGAGGUUCCCUUAAGUCUUACAAUUUGAUUCUGUUUUGUUCAGGGAUGCUGUUGGCCAUUCUGGAGAGGUGUGGUGCAAUCCCAAAGAUCAACUCAGCCAAUGUAUCUGUGGGUAAGGGGACCGUGGCUGCUGGCUACCAGGAUUUCAUCAUCUGCGUGGAAAUGUUCUUUGCAGCCAUUGCUCUGCGCCAUGCGUUCACAUACAAGGUCUAUGCAGACAAGCGUCUUGAUGCGCAAGGUAUGGAGGCAGGGUACUUACUGCUGGGCCUGUGGUGAAGGGAGAUUUCCCAGCUGAGCUUGUUCACAGUUUAAAUUCCUCAGCUGGGCAACUGAACACAGUUUUCCCAUCUGCCAAAUUUGCACACUGGUUGUCUCCUGAUUUGGCUUUCAUUUUCCCUAGCUGUACAGGCUGAAAGAUGAUCAUCUGUUGAAUUAUGGGAGGCACUCCCUUGAGAGUCCAUCCUGUGGCUAUACAGGAACUCCCCUGCAUUUAUUAUGAGCUUCCCUGCACGCAAGAAUAGAAGUAAUUUCCGCAUAAAAAGUUUUCCCUUUGGAAAUAAUGGUUUUAGAACACAGGAGGCUGGCUUAUGCCAAGUCAGAUUGUUCUUCUACCUAGCUCAGUGCUGUCUACACUGACUGGCAGCAGCUCUCCAGCGUUUGAGUUUGUGGUCUUUCCCAGCCCUAUCUAGAGGGAUUGAAUCUGGGACCUUCUGCACACAAAGUCUCUGUUUAUGUUCCUAUACAUUUCUCCUCCUCUUAAUGCUAAAAUUUGGGAUGGUGAGCCAUUUCUUAGAUAUGGUAAACAAAGUUCACUGUAUCAGUUCUGUCUGUCUGGACUAGGGGAAGGGGACUAGGUCCAGAGCAUAGUUGAGAUGGAAUAGACUAGGAAACCCACUUGUAGAUAUUUGGCAGGGGGGAAGCAAGUAGCAGAGUUUUACAGUCUCCUCUAAAAUCUUGUAUUUAAUAGUAAUUGUACUUGGUUUGCUAUAGAGAUGAAUAUUGUGGUAAUUCCUGGUGGAGAGCCUGAGAAUAACAUGCCUUUUCAGACUGUUGUUUCCCAUAUCUUCCUCUCUUGUUUUCCCCCCUCUUUCCUCUUUCCCUUGCUUUGGGCUCUGGUGUCUGGCGCAGCUGUUCCAUCAUAUGGGCCAUAUGGUAGGUGACAUGCUCUCUCUUCAUUUGUUUCUCUGUCUCUGUCUCUUUGUUGAGACGCUAUUUGCUACUGUGACUCUUUUCACCUCCCUGCAUUAUCUGUCUUGUGUGCAUACCAUUAGGUAUAACAAAUGCACGUAUGUGUACUUCAGGAGAAGCAUGAAUGAAAGGGGAGGUGGCUUUGAAGUUUUUGUCUCAGCUUCUCUGGUUACUAAAGAGCCAAGUUGCUUUUAAAGCAGAAGGGACUUGCCUCUUCAGCAGAGGGAAAUUGCUGUGAUAGAAACUUUAAAGAAGCCUCCAGCUGCACAUGAGGGUCUCAAGUGUGUGUGUGGGGUGGGUGGGUUAUUUGACUCAUUGUCUUCAAUCUGUUGACUAGGCCAUUAGUAUACUUGUGUUUUGUCCCCCAUCCACCCCCACCCUGCUAAAAGAAAAGUUAUCCACAAUACAUAUUCCAACCUGUAUGUUUUGUAGUAAUUUAAAAGUAAAAGUAUUGGAGUAAGUAGGUACCAGUUACAAUCAGAUUGCUUGCUGGGACAGAGUUAGUAACAUCUGGAAGCAGCUUCUGCGCUGGUAUGUGGUGUAUGCAAUGGCUCAUCUUCUCCAUUCCCUACACUAAAGUGUGACUUCCACUUUGAUCUGACUUCCAUCUUUGCUUCCUAUUGCCGGCAGAAACUGAACAUCUACUUUGGACAUGAGUCCCUAUUUCCCUUUCUCUUGCUAUCUUUCUCCUACCCUUGUUUCAGACCAAGAGCUGCUCAAGCCACUUAGUAUAUGUUACCUUUCCUCCUGAGCGGAUUUUCUGUCCCUCUAGUUAUACCUUUCUGUUGUGUAGCCUUUCCUGAUCCUUGAAAGCAGCCCAUUGCAGCCUAGGUGAUGAUCUCUUGCUCCUGCUGCCUCCCCAAAGUUGCCACCAUGUUGUGUGUCACUCAUUUUGCUUUAGCAUGCCUCCAGGCUGGUGUAACCAGUCCGUUAACUGCCAAAAGUUGCACCACAAGGAGCUUUUGCUUACAUUAAUGGGAUAUUUGGGGAUGGGGGUGGGGAGAGGAAGACUUCUAUCCUCAGUCAUUCUUAAUUUCUCUCUCUCUUUAGGCCGCUGUGCCCCUAUGAAGAGCAUCUCUAGCAGCCUUAAGGAGACCAUGAACCCCCAUGACAUUGUGCAGGAUGCCAUCCACAAUUUCUCCCCUGCCUACCAGCAGUACACUCAGCAGUCAACCCUAGAACAUGGACCACCUUGGCGUAAUGGCAGUCACACGAUCUCACACUCCCACAGCAGCUCUGGUGCUCGUGACAAUGAGAAGACCCUACUCCUGAGCUCAGAUGAUGAGUUCUAA